ACAUUUUUCUCUCCCCUCCCACAAAAAAAAGAAGAAAGAAAAACCGGGUUUUCCGCUUAGAAUGAUACUUGGACUGAGAAGCAAAAUCAUACCACUUCCUGAUCAUAAGCUGGGAAAUAUCAAAUUAGGUUCAGUGACUAAAGAUGCAAUUUGCCACAAACCAUGUAGAGUAAGAUGCAGCCACAGUACUGCUUCAUCAAUGGAAGAGGCAAAGGAGAGAAUAAGGGAAACAUUUGGAAAAAUUGAGCUAUCUCCUUCUUCCUAUGAUACAGCAUGGGUAGCUAUGGUCCCUUCAAGAUAUUCUAUGAACCAACCAUGUUUUCCUCAGUGCUUGGAUUGGAUUCUUGAAAAUCAAAAAGAAGAUGGAUCUUGGGGCCUAAAUCCUAGCCAUCCAUUGCUUGUCAAGGACUCCCUUUCUUCCACUCUAGCAUGUUUGCUUGCCCUUCGCAAAUGGAGAAUUGGAGAUAACAAAGUCCAAAGAGGCCUUGACUUUAUUCAAACGCAUGGUUGGGCAGUUGAUAACGAGGAUCAGAUUUUACUUUUAGGAUUUGAAAUUAUAUUUCCCAGCAUGAUCAAGUAUGCAGAGAAACUGAAUUUGGAUCUACCUUUGGAUCCUAACCUUGUAAAUAUGAUGAUCUGUGAACGCGAAUUAACAAUUGAAAGAGCCCUAAAGAAGGGAUUCGAGGGGAAUAUGGCAAAUGUUGAAUAUUUUGCUGAAGGGCUCGGUGAAUUAUGUCAUUGGAAAGAGAUGAUAAUGCUUCAUCAGAGACACAACGGAUCGUUAUUUGAUUCACCAGCCACUACUGCAGCUGCUUUGAUUUUCCAUCAGCACGAUGAGAAAUGCUUUGGGUACUUGAACUCAAUCUUGAAACUGCAUGAGAAUUGGGGUAUGCACUAAUACGAUCAUUUUAGC